AUGCGCUCCCGGGGUCUCACCGGGAUCUUAAUUUUUGCUUUCGUCGCCAUCGCCUCGUCCCGCUUCCACCAGACGCGGAGAUGUAAGGGAGAUGAAUUCUGGUCCAUCCGCGGAGGCUGCCGGCAGUGCGAGCCGUGCAAGGAGGGAUUCUAUGAAUUGCACCCCUGCACCUCGCUCAGCAACCGAAUUUGCGAAGAUUGCGGUGUUGUCGAUAUGGAUGUUCCGGAUUUCAGGAUAAAAUGCCCUCUGGCCAACGAGAAAUUCUACAGUGCCGUCGAGGACAAGCUGAGGGACCAGUACAAGAAGACUUUUUCUUUGAAGCACGUUAUCGAUGAGGAUGCCCUCGACAAUGAGGUCGAUGAUGAGCUGCUGGAAAUCAUUCCCGAACGUGUGCAAAAGCCAAAGCCGAAGGACGAAUUCGUCGAAUCUGAGGAUGACCUUAGUGACGACGUUGACGAUGAACUGUUUGACGAUGACGUGUUCCAAGAGGCUGUCAAGAUCGGCGAGGGGGCGCGCCCGUCAAAGAACGAGGGCUCCGUCAAGUUGAUCAACGUGAGGCGCCGGAUCCCGACGUACCGUUUGCUCCAUGAUGAAUUUGAGCGCGAGUCCGAGAAGUUGAAGGUCGCCGAGAUCAAGCCCGUUGUGGUCGAUGAGACCGACGAUGGCACCGAAGAUGAAUACGUUUCCGACGAGGAUGGAUACGACUCAAAAGAAGAGGAUGACGAAAAGAAAUUCCCCGUUUACCUGGACAUCGACCCAGAGCGUGAUGCGCAGAUCGCCUCGUUGCGCCAGAAAUACCCCAAGCUCCAAUUCGUCGACCUCGAGGACUUUGAGGACAAGAUGAACGCCCCAUUCGAGGACCUGCUGCCAAAAGACUGGAAGGAGAAGAAUGCGGAGGGCGAAGGCGAGGAAAUGCGUCUGAUCGUCGGAAGGGUCGAAAUCAUCCGUGAGAUCGACUCUGGCUCUGAUGAAAGCGACGAGGUCAUGGAAGAGGUGAAGCGCGUUUUCCAGAAGGCCCGUCUAGAGAAAGAGGAGAUGGAAAUCGAGAAGGAGAUGACGCAGCGACACGUUUUCCGCGCGAUCAUCUGGUGUCUGAUGCUGCUCUUCACGUUUAUCGCUAUCUACAAGACGGUCCGCGUCUGCGCCAUCAUGUUCAGGCGUUCGGAUCGCGAAAUCUACCGCAUUGCGCGUCACUACGAAUUUACGCCAGCUCAGAAUGAUGUGAUCAACAAAACGCUUGGCAACCUCCAGAAGAGCCAGAACGGAUACGUCAACGCCAACUACCAAGAAGCCCAU